AUGCUCCUCGUCGUGGGCCUCGCGUGCCUCGCAGCCGCCGCCGCAGAGCCCGCGGACGCGGCCGGCGGCCACAACGCGCUGCAGCCCGGCACCGGGCCCAACGUAUGUCGGUCGCGCUAUAGCUACUGCUGUCCAGGUUGGAAGCUCAAGCCGGGUACUGCUCUCUGCAUCAUACCGGUGUGCACGCGGCCGUGUUCGUCGGGCCGCUGCAUCAAGCCCAACAUCUGCCUGUGCGACGGCGGCACCGUCGCCUCCAGCUGCCCCAGUUCCUUUACAUCUGCUUCUCCCCUGACUGAAACGUUUGGUACUGUAAUCUGACGAGGGGGUGGCGGGGGGUGCGCAGCUCCGUGCCUGCACGGCGGCUCCUGCGUCAGCGGACGGUGCGUCUGCCGACCUGGCUUCACCGGAGAGUUCUGCACAGAACCUCUGUGCUCGGAGCCCUGCCAGAACGGCGGCCGCUGCAUCGUUGAUGACCGCUGCGCCUGCGUCUACGGAUUCACUGGCCGUUGGUGCGAAGCAGACUACCGGACUGGGCCGUGCUUCACGCGCGUGCGGAACGACAUGUGCCAAGGGCAGCUGGAGGGCGUGGUGUGCACGCGCCAGCUGUGCUGCGCCACCGUGGGGGUCGCCUGGGGACACCCCUGCGAGAAGUGCCCCUCGCACCUCGACUGUGACGAAGGCUUCAUCAAGAACCUGCACUCGGGCCAGUGUGUCGAUGUGGAUGAAUGCGAGGCAAUCCCAGGAUUAUGCCAAGGUGGCCAUUGUACAAACUCAAUUGGUUCAUUCACUUGUGAAUGCCCUGAAGGGCAAACACGUAAUCCUGAAACAAAUGAGUGUCGAGACCGUGAUGAAUGCCUGGAAGAGGAUGUCUGCACAGAUGGUCGUUGUGUCAACACUGAUGGAUCUUAUUAUUGUCUGUGCAAUCCAGGAUUUAUUCCGAGUCAGGAUAAUAAACAUUGCAGAGAUGCACGACAAGGCAACUGCUACACAGCUCUUUCAAGACGAGGUCAUUGUCGCAAUCCAUUACCGAUAAAGCUGUCGAAACAAGACUGCUGUUGUGGAAUGAAUAUGGGAAAAGGGUGGGGUGAUGCCUGUGAUAUAUGUCCUGCACCAGGAGAAGAGGCCUACACCAAACUCUGCCGCAUGCCUGGACCAAUUGUGCAGGGAAUUGAUGAGUGUGGACUCCGGCCAGAUAUCUGUGGACCUGGAAAAUGCAUUGACACACCUGAUGGUUACCGCUGUGAAUGUCAUCCUGGCUACCGCAAGGGCGUGUCAGAAGUGUGUGAAGAUAUCGAUGAGUGCGCUGAAGGCUACUGUCAGGGAGGCCGCUGCAUCAACUCUCCUGGAAGCUUUACUUGUGAAUGCCUUCCUGGAUUUGAUGUGUCAUCAGAUGGAAAAUUCUGUAUAGAUCACAAUGAAUGUGAAGAAACAGGUAUGUGUGCACAUGGGAAGUGCACAAAUAUGGAUGGUUCCUUUCGAUGUGACUGCUAUCCGGGGUAUGUCUUGUCACCUUCUGGACAUUCAUGUAUUGAUAUUGAUGAAUGUUAUGAGAAUCCAAGAAUUUGCUUGAAUGGCCGCUGUGAAAAUGUGCCUGGUUCAUAUCGCUGCAUGUGCAUGCCUGGAUUUGUAACCAGUGCAGAUGGUGCAUACUGUGAAGAUGUAAACGAGUGCACAACUGACCGAGUCUGUGACAAUGGCAAAUGUGUGAACACUGAAGGAUCAUUUAGAUGUGUUUGUGACCCAGGUUACCAAGUUUCCCUUGAUAAGAGAGGUUGUAUAGAUAUUGAUGAAUGUGUACACAACCCUUGCCAACAUGGAACUUGCCACAACACUGUGGGCAGUUUCUAUUGUGAGUGCUUACCCGGAUUCAACCUUGGCCCUGACGGAAGAUCGUGUUUGGAUACGAGACGUGACCUCUGCUAUUUAAAUUAUCAUGAGGGACAGUGCACAAAUCCUGCUGCGAAUCCAGUGUCUCGAUCCAGCUGCUGCUGUUGCACUGUGAGAGUUGGCCAACCUCUUGGAUGGGGAACUCCAUGUCAGGCAUGUCCUAUGCCUGGCACUUUUGAGUUUGAAACGCUAUGUCCUCAUGGGCCAGGAAUGACAUAUAAUGGAGAUGACAUCAAUGAAUGCGCUCAGAAUCCAGGUAUCUGUCAGAAUGGAGCAUGUGAAAACUUGAUGGGAUCUCACCGGUGUAUUUGUAACCCUGGAUAUCAAGUUGACAGUACUGGGAAAAUUUGUACUGACAUUAAUGAAUGUGAAGUGGAUGAUCUAGUUUGUUCAGGUGGUCAGUGCAGGAAUACUCCUGGUAGCUUUCAGUGCAUCUGUCCUACUGGAACUCAACUGAACAUUGAUACACAAGUAUGUGAAGACAUUGAUGAGUGCAACGAGUUAGGACCAGAUGCUUGCUUUAAUGGAGAAUGUGUUAACACAAUUGGUUCUUAUAUCUGUGAAUGUGAACCAGGCUACAUUCUGGAUAAUACGGGAAGGAUCUGUAUUGACAACAGGAAAGGUUCCUGUUGGGCACGAAUGUCUCAUGGCCGAUGUGAGAACAACUUGCCACGACUUGCGCUUAAAUCAGAAUGCUGCUGUUCAGUAGGGCAGGCCUGGGGAAGUCCCUGUGAGCCAUGCACACAGCACCAGUGUGACUGUCCCAGGGGUUAUGCAAAGGUUGAUGGGAAGAUGUGCACAGACAUAAAUGAAUGUGAUUUGAAUCCUGCAAUUUGCAGAGGUGGUGGGACAUGUGUGAAUACUGAUGGCUCAUUUACAUGUAGUUGUCCACCUGGCCUCACCCUUGAUCCAACAGGGACUAUGUGUUUGGAUAUGCGUGAAGAAACAUGUUACACUGAGUACCGCCAUGGUGCUUGCUCUGGUGCACUGGUAGGCAUCUACUCACGGAGUCUCUGCUGCUGCUCCACUGUGGGGCGUGCAUGGGGUGGCUCUGGAGAGAGUACACGUUGCGAGCCAUGUCCACGGCCAGGGACUGAUGCCCACAGAGAACUGUGUCCACGUGGACCUGGAUUUGUUGACCGAAAGGACAUCAAUGAGUGCACAGAAUUUACUGGAAUGUGUGUCAAUGGCAGAUGCAGAAAUAGUGUAGGCAGCUUUAGUUGCCGCUGCAAUCGUGGCUACGCACUUGAUGAGAAUAGCAUUGGCUGCAUUGACAUUGAUGAAUGCAGCAUCAUGCAUGGUGUAUGUGGUGAUGGAGAAUGCCGCAACACACCUGGGAACUUCGUUUGUGACUGCAAGCCUGGCUACGAGAGUACCAUGAUGAUGCAGGUGUGCAUGGAUAUUGAUGAAUGCCAACGGACACCAGGGUUGUGCAGAGGUGGUGUAUGUGUGAAUACUCCAGGGAGCUUCCGGUGUGAAUGUCCUCCAGGCCAUGAACUUGCACCAGACAAGCAGUCGUGCAAAGAUAUUGAUGAGUGUUCACGCACAAGUGGCAUCUGUUCAAAUGGUGUAUGUGAAAACAUGAUGGGAACCUACCAGUGUGUUUGUGAUGAUGGUUACCAGCAGACUGGUCUGAAGCUGCACUGUGAAGAUAUUGAUGAGUGUGUACAACAAAAUGGUGGCUGUGAUGACAUUUGUAUGAAUACACCUGGCAGUUACUCCUGUGCAUGUAGGACAGGAUACAUGCUGCUACUUGAUGGACGUACUUGCACUGAUGUAGAUGAAUGUAAGGAGAACCCACGCAUCUGCAAUGGAGGUCGCUGCAUAAACAGUCCUGGCAGUUUUUCAUGUAUUUGUACAGAAGGAUUGCUUCCAGGGCCUGGAAAAACUUCUUGCAUUGAUGUGGACGAAUGUCAGGAAGAUCGUGAUGUAUGUGAAAACGGCAAGUGCGAAAAUACACUGGGAUCAUUUGCGUGUCGGUGUGAGGAGGGCUAUUCUGUGAAGCCAAAUGCAGGGCCAGGCUGCACUGAUGAUGAUGAGUGUGAACUUGGAUCAUAUACCUGUGACAUCAAUGCUGACUGUACCAAUACACAGGGCUCAUACAUCUGUGAAUGCCAGAAAGGAUUUACUGGAAAUGGUUUUACAUGCAGAGAUGUGAAUGAAUGUCUUGUAAACAAUGGCGGGUGUGACCAAAAUGCGCAGUGUAUCAACACAGAGGGUUCAUUUAAGUGUGUAUGUGAUGCUGGUUUCCGAGGUAAUGGAUACACAUGCCAAGAUGUUGAUGAAUGUUCAGAGGAUUCAUCCCUUUGUGAAAAUGGGCAUUGUCUCAAUUAUCCCGGUUCAUUCCGUUGUGAGUGUGAAAUGGGUUUCAUGCAUCCUGAUGAAAGAACAGAACAGUCAUGUAUUGAUAUAAAUGAAUGUCAGAUGUUCAGCAAUCUGUGUGUCUUUGGACGCUGUGUGAAUAUAUUUGGAAUGUUCCGGUGUGAAUGUGAUGAAGGCUAUGCUUUGGACAAUUCAGGAGGAAACUGCACUGAUGUAAAUGAAUGUGAAAGCCCUCAUGCAUGUCAGUAUGGUACAUGUAUAAAUACGCAAGGCAAAUAUAUCUGCCAGUGUCCACCAAAUUAUGAACUUGUAUCAGGUGGAAAUGCUUGUGUGGACCGUCGUGAAUCGCGCUGUUAUUUAUCAGUGGAGGAACUACCGGGAGGACGACAGCGCUGUACACAGGAACUUGGCGAACCAGUAACAAGGGCUACAUGCUGCUGUUCGCAAGGUCGAGCUUGGGGACCACGCUGUGAGCUUUGUCCACAGAAAGGGACAGAUGAGUACAAUCUCCUGUGUCCUGGUGGAGCUGGUUAUCGCCCAAAUACAGUUACGGUUGUCCUUGAAGAUAUUAAUGAAUGUGAAGAACUGGAGAAUCUUUGUCGGAAUGGGCACUGCACAAACACUUUUGGCAGUUUUAUGUGCUCUUGUAAUGAUGGAUUCCGGUUGCAUGAAAACAAUGCACAGUGCAUAGAUGUAAACGAGUGUGAAGAAGAUAGGUCACUCUGUGCACCUGGUAUGUGCAUUAAUGAGGAUGGAUCAUACCACUGCGUCUGCCCUGAGGGUUACAUGGUUAUAGCAAAUGGAAAACAAUGUGUAGAUAUGAGAAAGGCUCAGUGCUACCUCGAAUGUGAAGGCUGGCGCUGCUCAUCACCUAUGUCGCACAACCAAACACGGAAAGUGUGCUGUUGUUCAAUGGGAGCCGCCUGGGGUGAGCCAGGGCAACCAUGCCCCAAACAGGGAACAGAUGAAUACAAGUUGCUUUGUGGGACAAAAAUGCCUGGGCAGAUAGAAAACCCACUGAAUAACAAAAUGGAAGAUAUAGAUGAAUGUCAUCUCAUGCCUCUGAUGUGUAAUCACGGAACAUGCAUGAAUCUGCCUGGCAGUUUUGAAUGCCGCUGCAAUCAAGGCUACAGAUACGACAUAGCCUCUCAUCAGUGUAUAGAUGAAAAUGAAUGCCUACAUGUUCCAAGCCCGUGCCGUGGUAAUGCACAGUGUGUUAAUUCCCCUGGAAGAUAUGAGUGCCAGUGUCCUGAGGGCUAUAAGCUGGGAAUAGGACUGCAUGAUUGUAUAGAUAUCGAUGAAUGUUCAGAACGGCCAGGAAUCUGUAGCAAUGGUGAGUGUAAGAACUUCCAAGGCAGCUUCCAGUGUCUUUGUAAUGAUGGCUACAUCUUGGCUCCUAGCCGGGAUACCUGUGUUGAUAUUGAUGAAUGCCUUCGCCACCCAAAUAUCUGCAACAAUGGAACUUGUAUUAACACUGUGGGGCAUUACAAAUGCCACUGUUACCCAGGCUUCAAACUUAGUCAUAACAAUGAUUGUAUAGAUGUUGAUGAAUGCCGCAUUAUGCCUACAUUAUGCCGCAAUGGACGAUGCCGUAAUGUAAUGGGAUCCUUCAGCUGUGAAUGUGCAGAAGGAUAUGUUCUUGCUGCAGAUGGUCAACACUGCAGAGACGUGGAUGAGUGCCGGGAGAAACCGGGCACAUGUCCACCUCCAGGAAAAUGUCAAAAUCUCAUGGGUUCUUUUGUCUGCAACUGCCCACCUGGUUAUGAGCUAAGUCCAGAUGGCAGAUUAUGUGAAGACAUUGAUGAAUGCGUUGAGAAUGAGGGAAUAUGUGAAGAUGGGAUCUGCAUUAAUACUGAUGGAGGAAUGAUAUGUGAAUGUCAGGAGGGCUAUGUUCUCAGUCAAAAUGGAAUGAAAUGUAUUGAUGUACGUCAAGAUUUAUGUUAUGAUAAUUACAGAAGAGAAAUGUUCACAGGUCACUGUUCAGCUGCCCGGAUGACACUCAUCACUGCAAAGCAGUGUUGUUGCUCAAUGGGUGCAGCCUGGGGGAAAUACUGUGAACCAUGUCCACCUAAAGGCUCUGAUGAGUUCCGGCGUAUGUGUCCCGAAGGUCCUGGACGCUUGGAUUCAGGUGAAGAUCUUAACGAGUGUUCAUUUAUGCCCAAUGCCUGUGAAGGAGGGGAAUGUAUAAAUACAGAUGGAUCUUUUCGUUGUGAAUGCCCCGCUGGUUUUGUAUUGGACGAAACUGGAAGAAAGUGCAUAGAUGAAAAUGAAUGUCUCACUUCAAGCAGUAUUUGUGGAAAUGGCACAUGUUCAAAUGUGGAAGGCGGAUUUGAGUGUUCUUGCAGUGAUGGGUUUGCCCCAGGACCAAUGCAGGUAUGUGAAGAUGUAAAUGAAUGCUUAGAAAUGGGCAGCCAGUGUGCAUUUCGCUGUCACAAUGUUCCAGGCUCAUUCCGUUGCAUUUGUCCUUAUGGAUACACAUUGGCACCAGAUGGAAGACACUGUCAAGAUGUUGAUGAAUGUGUAACACCUGCCAACAACUGUAAAUAUCAAUGCAAGAAUUUGAUUGGCACAUUUAUGUGCAUAUGCCCUGAAGGUUAUCAGCAAGUUGGUAUGACAGACGACUGUCGUGAUGUUAAUGAAUGUGCCCUUAAUCCGGGCAUAUGCAAAAAUGGCAACUGUGUCAACCUGCAGGGAAGUUAUCGUUGUGAUUGCUAUGAGGGCUAUGAAAACAGCCAUGACAGGAAACAGUGCAUAGACCGCAGGUUAGGAUAUUGUUUCCGGCAGUUGGUGGGUGGUCGUUGUGCAACACAUACUGAUGGGCUUAUGUCAGUGACACGUGCAGACUGUUGCUGUACUAUGGGUGAAGCUUGGGGCCCUCUCUGUGAGCGCUGUCCACCACACGGCUCUGAUGAAUAUCGUGACCUCUGUCUUGAUCCAGGCUUCUCAGUGGAUGGACAUGAUAUUGACGAGUGUCAAACAAUUCCGGACUUGUGUCGUAAUGGACGCUGCAUAAACACACUUGGUUCUUAUCGCUGCAUUUGCAAUAAGGGAUAUAAAGCAGAUGGCAGUGGAACAAGAUGCAGAGACGUCAAUGAAUGUGAGCAGACACCAUCUCCAUGCAAAUUCACUUGUCAGAACACAGAUGGCAGCUUUGUGUGCUCAUGCCCAGCAGGAUAUGUCCUGAACCCUGAUCGUGUCAGCUGUCGUGAUGUUGAUGAGUGCGCAACAGGCAAACAUACCUGCAGUCAUGAGUGUGUGAAUAUUCCAGGCAGCUAUAAAUGCGCUUGCCCCAAGGGUUACAACCAAGUUGGUGAUCAGUGCACUGAUAUCAAUGAGUGUGAGGAUCACACAGGCAACUGUCCCCCACCCGGAACAUGUAUCAACACACUUGGCAGCUUCAAGUGCAUUUGUCCGAGAGGCUUCAAACUUGAUUCUACUGGAACCUUCUGCACAGACUCUGAUGAAUGCACUGAUGACAUGAAGUGUCAGCAUGGAUGCCAGAAUCUUGUUGGAGGAUACCGAUGUGCAUGUCCAGAAGGCUUCAUUCAGCAUUUCUACUACAAUCAGUGUGUUGAUGAAGAUGAGUGCCAGCAGUCUCCAUGCGGUUCAACAAACUGCAUCAACACUAUUGGCAGCUACCGUUGUGGCUGCCCAGAUGGUUAUCAGUACGAUACUUCUGUCCUUCUGUGUGUCCAGGUGAGUGCGGGAUGUGCAUCUAGUCCCUGUGCAUUUGGAUGUACUUCUCUUGGAGGUAACAACUUCAUGUGUGGUUGCCCACAAGGAUACCAGCGGAUAGGACAGGGACACUGUUUAUCAACUAUUACUCCUGCCACUCAUGGGUAUGGAACAGAAGACAUUGGGAAUGUUCCGACCUAUCCUAUAGAACCAGAUCCCUACCAAGUCUCUCAGGAUAAGCUUAUCUCAACAGAAGGCUGUUUCUCUUGCAAGGUAAAUGGGAAAGGGAGGCACAAACGGUUGGCUGGUGGUAAGAAGCAGCAUUUGUCCCAACUUCUUAAUAGGAAUGUGACAUUCACGAGUGAUGGUCUUCAGCAAGAUUUAGUACCAUACAGAAGAAGUAACCGUCUGAGGCAGCAUGCCCUGCACCGGCUGCAGAAGAGAAGCCUUUACAAAAGAAGGAAAGUACGGCAUCAUCAUGAAGAGCAGCAGUUAGUUCUAAAGAUAAGUCUUUCUCAGACUAAGCAUAGAAUGAGAAUUUUAAAACUGCAGCCAGCGGUGAAGAAUGAUUUUGAGUAUGUCAUCUCGCAUGGAAAUGAGAGUGGUUUGUUUGAAAUGGUAAAGAAACAUGGAAUAUGGGCCCUGCAUUUCAGAAGACGUCUAAAACACCCAGGAAUUUUUGACCUCGAAAUUGACAGCCGUCCUACUGGCGUUCUAAAGAAUGAUGUGUGGGAGAAACCUCUCUCUCUGCGAGUGAGAAUCGUAGCCUCCCAGUAGUACCCCACCUCUGUGACACAGUAGAACAUAUGUCUUACUGCUGGAAAAUACUUUCUGUAUUACUGAGCAAAUACAGAUGAGAUAAAUAUUGUGGGGCUCAAGACUCAUGCUAUGAGUUACUGAAGUGAUCUUUGUUGUGUAUAUAUAGAUCUGUGUAAGAAUGGCUAUUUGUAGGUAUGAAGGAAGGUUGUGUGUGUAUUCCAGAAGUGGAAGGAGUGAAUGUGUAUUAGUAAACUGAAGGAGCUGGUAUUUAUUAUCAAACAACUGUUAGUCUACUCACGUUUAACAUACCAAAGCUUCACUAAGAUGGAGUUUUUCAAGAGUUAUUGCACCCACAGCAGUAGAGUAGUGUGCUUAGUGGGCAAGAUCAUUAUUUUUACUUAGAAAGAAUGAUAAGAUCAUGAUAUUCGUACUGCCAUUUUUUUGGAGACUGACUUUUUAAAUAACAUACAUUUAUGCCUAUGCAAAAUCACCUGUGAGAUGAAGAAGUUAGAUGGUUUAAGCUUUCAUUUGAUGACAGAAUCAUUAUUUUGUAUAUACUAAAAAUGUUAUCAAACUAAAACCUGUUGUGCUCCUUACAAGGUGAUGUGGAGCAGUGCAUUAAUUAUAAGCUCUCUUAAAUUUUGGUAGCUCUUGACAAUGUUCUUUUAACAAUGGGCAACAACAGGUUUUAAAAGAGUUUUUGCCAGGUGUUCAUUUUUAAGUAUAGUAGUCUAAUCUUAACUUAAUAUGAAAUUAAGAAUUCUAACUGAUACUUUGUAACACAGAAUCACUAUAAUGUGAGUUUGUGUGACAUUAAACUGUGUUCUUUGCUUCCACUGCCAUAUUUAACUGCUUUUAAUGUUUUAAUGUAUUCAGUGUAUUAUCGCCUUUAUUUGUAAGAGCUUAUUUUCUACUGCCAUUGUACUUGUGUUCGUAAAGUACAUUUCAUGUGUGCCUGUUUUGGCUGUGCAAUAAUCAUCCUGUGUACAGUGAUGACUUCCAUAAGGGAAAAACUGUUGUUAAUGAAUGCUGACUCUGCAGCAGUUAACUAUUUUCUGUUUGUGUUUAAUCAGAAAGUCAUUCCUAAACCAAAUUUAGUGUGGUCUAUGUAUUUCUAAUUACAUUCCAUAAACAUCCUCAGAGACAAGUAGUUUUUUGAUAAUGACUCAUUGGUAGAUUCUGGUUGUAAUUUACAUUUUAUGUUAUGUCUGUGAUAAGCAGAAUAGUUAUUUGAAGCCAUAAUUUGUAUGAAAUACUUGCAGCAUUUCAAAUUGAGCAUUCAUUUGAUUGUGGCUGUAAAAUCCGAUUUUUGAGUUCGUGAGAGUUCACUACUGGAGUAGCCAAAACCUAGUUUCUGGUCACUAAGUAUGUUAACUUUACUGCAGCUUUGCUAGAGUGGAAAGCUAAAUGACAGUCUGUCUGCAAUACCAAGUGACCUCUUCUAAAAUUUUGAGUCAUGUUGGAAUGUCCCAUUUUUGCAGAUAUAUAUUGAGAAAUGAGGUACAGCAUUAGUGCAACUUUAUGUACAUAAGCUAUUUGUUAUGAUUUAAUCAUGCUUUAAGCAUAAUGGAUUUGUUUUAUUAAAAAUAAUUGGGACAUAUGUAUGUUACUAUCUGCAACAUACUAAAAUUUGAUACCAAAGAAAUAAGAUCUUUUUAAUACAUGAGUCUGUCUCAUGUGCAUUUAUAUCUGUGACACAUUUUAAUCUAGUGCCAUAAUGUAUAUAUUUCCCUGUAUUCAUAGAUGAUUUAUUUAUUGUUCAGUUCAGGGGCAAACAUUGAGUACAGUUCUAUAAAGGCUUUUGUUUCACAAUUCUAACUAUCAUUAAUAUAGCUGAGUUAUUGCAAACAGUACAGUGUAUUUCAGUAGCUUAAGAUGGUGUGUAUGAAAUUUGUUUGUGUAGUGAGUGCUUGUGAACCAUCAUUCAUGUGAGAAAGUAUUAUUUUUACCACUGCAUCUUGAACUUUUAAGAUAUGUAUAUUUAUGUGUGUAUAGCUUCUAUUUAUGCAAACCUUUUGAUUCUAAGGAAGUAACAGGGAUAUGGUAAAAAAUUAUUAAGUGUCAAAACAAAGGCUUUUCUAUCAAAAUAUUUUUGUUAUUGCCAUUAGUUGUGUUGACUAAAAUUCUACUUUAAGUGGCUCCACUGUGUGUUUAUUGAAACACAAUAGGAAGUUCUACAUUUUAAAUAGAAUUUGUUUUGCCAAAACUGUUUCGGAUUAUAUCUUUAAACUGACUAUAUUUUAUGCAGUUGUUAAAAAACCUGAAACUGUAAGCAAGACUGACAUUAGUCAGUUAUUUGUAAACCAUUUCUUAAAAAUACACUAAAGUUUCCUUUA